AUGGUAGCGCAGGGCCACCUGCUGCUUCGAAACGUCGUGGUCCCGCUCGAACAAGUAGGACCGCGUAUCAUCCACGUGACGGUCUUCCGGCUCCCUCCCUACGUCCCCGACGACGCCCUCCAAGCAGUCUUCAGUUCUUACGGGAAGGUGCUCGCCAUUUCUCACCUGACCUACAUAGACCGGCCAAAGCUUUUCACCGGCACGCGAGUCCUCCGCAUGGAGAUGAAGACGCCCGUGCCGAACUUCGUCAACGUAGGAGGACACCGUGUGAUGUGCGAAUACCGAGGAAUGAAGAAGGUCUGUGCCCGCUGCGGCCUGGAGGGCCACUUUGGAGCCGCUUGUCGCACACCACGCUGCGACCGGUGCGGCGUCUUCGGCCAUAGCACUGACGGCUGUAAUGCCCCGUGCAAGCGUUGCGGUCACAACCACGCCACCACGGAUUGCACGCAGCGCCGGAGUUACUCGGCAGUGAUUCGUGACGAGGGUCCUUCGGAUCCUAGGCCCCCUGCGCUGACGGCACCCGACCCGCCCGACAGCACUCCGGGUGCUCCACCUCAGCCUGCAGAGACCCACCCGACCGCCGCCGUGACCCAACCGGACGCUCCCCAGGUACCACCAGCCGCGCUUUCGGAGGCCAGCGGGCGCGACGGCCCCAACUCGGAAGCGGAGUCCCUCCCCCCCCUUGUCAUCGACGAGUCGGCAGAAAGCGAGUCGCCCGCAAGCCCAGAAGCCCAAACGGGAGCAGCCACUGCCUCCUCCUCGACAAGCGACCCAGGUGUGAGGCCACGAACACCCGUGGAAUCUGCCACCGACAAUACGGAAAGCAUGGAGUCGUCGCCGUCAGAGAGCGACUCUGCCAGCUUCCCGGCGCUGGACCAAGCGGCCAAAAGGGGCCCCCCCUCCUCGUCAGACUCUGGACCUGGCCCCAUACGCUUGUCGGGUACGAAGAAAAAGGUUCGACGUCUGAGUCUGAUAGACCGUCCCGUCAUUGGACGCCAACCCCCGUAACUAAGA